AUGAAUGGUCUGGCCGUCAGCAACUACAUGAAUUCCGCUGCUGUGGCAGCGAGUCUGCUUGGCUUGACGGGUAAUGCGGGACCUCCAGGAGGUCAAACGGCCACUGCCAUCAGCGGCAUAGCCGCUCCGACGGCCUACUCCGAGCCACAUCAGCACCAGCCCAAUGUUCAGCCUCAUCAUGCCCAUCAUCACCAACAACAGCAUCAGCAACAGCCACAGCAGCAGGCGCAGCCCCAUCACCAUCGACAACAACAACAGCAGCAACAGGCUUUUGCCACUUUGGCCGCAGUCGCUUCGAUGCUUCCUAACAGUUCGCUCAAUGGCCUUACGGGCCAGAGUAGUCCCGGGUCUUAUGGAACUAGCUACAACCUUGGCUCGUUGCCUACCGGCUCGGCCGGCUUGUACGACUAUGCUACUGGGCUUGGACUGUCAGCCGAACAACUGGCUCUACUGAUCUCAACAUAUGGCCUGGCAGGUUCCGCCACAGCCGCACCUACCGCAGCUCAGGCUCCGGCCAGUCUAACUGGAUUGAAUGGUCAUCUGGGACUCUCGGGGCAUCCUGGACAUCCAGGAUCUGCCCAGGUGCAUCAGCACCAACAACACGUCCACAAUCAGUCCACCACUGGCAGGCACUUUGUGUCCGGAGGGUACCCGGGCCUAACAACUAAUACGCCUCCCUUCGCCUUACAGGUGAGGAAUCACUUCUGA